AUGGCUGGAACCAAAGGAUUAGCUCUGGCUAUUAUGCUGGUUCUGUGCCUUGGAGAUACUCAUGCUGUCAUUCCUGGGUCUGUGGUGAGGAUUACACAGAAAGGCCUAGACUAUGCCCUGCAGAAGGGAAUGACUAUUCUGAAGGAGCAACUCUCUAAAUUAAGCCUACCAGAUAUCACUGGCACUUACAAGGCUUUUUUGGGAAAUAUACAUUACUCAUUCUCCAGCUUAGUGAUAUCCAGUUUCCAGCAGUCUAACUCACAAGUAAGUCUAGUCCCAGGAGUUGGCCUGAAGCUUACCAUAUUGGGGUCUUUUAUUCAGGUGGAUGGGCAAAAGAAGAUACGUUUCUCAUUUCUUUCAGAUGAUGGAACUUUUAAUGUGAAAAUGGAGGACCUCACAAUUUCUAUAGUGUUAAAAUUGGGAAAUGAUGGGCAAGGAAGGCCAACUGCUCUCUCCUCUGACUGCAGCAGCCACAUCAAGGAUCUCAAAGUGCAAAUGCCUGGGAAAUUUGGCUGGGUGGUUAAGCUCUUUCAUGACAAAGUUUCCUCAGAAUUAAAAACUAACAUCGAGCAGCAGAUCUGCCCUGCAGUUACUGACUUAAUCAGAGACAAACUGAAGCCCUUUCUUGAGACCAUACCCGUAAUUGCAAAAAUAGAUGAAGUAGCAGCUAUUGAUUACUCCCUGACAGCUCCUCCAAAUGUGACUACAGAUUUUGUUGAAGUCUAUCUAAAGGGGGAAGUCUUUGACCUCUCUAACCGGAUAGCUGCACCCUACUCACCACCAUCUCUGUCCUUACCAAUGGAGAACAAUCUUAUGGUUUACUUUGGAGCUGCCAAUUACUUGUUCAACACAGCUGCUUUUGUAUACUACUCAGCAGGGGCUCUUGUCUUCAAUGUCACUGAUGACAUGAUCCCCAAGGACUUUCAAAUACGACUGAAUACCACCUAUAUUGGAGCACUAAUACCUCAGGUACUACAGUAUCCCAAUAUGCUCAUGAAGCUGAAGAUUUCAUCUUCUACUGCUCCAUAUUUGACCAUAAAACCGGGAAACCUUACUCUCUCCCCUGUCAUUGCAGUCCAGGCCUAUGCUCUUCUGCCAAACUCCUCUCUGACUUCUCUAUUUCUUCUAAAUGUGACAACUGAUGCAUUGGUGAGGUUGAAAGUUAAUUCAAGCAGAAUUGUGGGUAACCUGGAACUCAAAAAGAUUGAGAUGACUCUUGUACAUUCGGAUGUAGGACCUUUCUCUGUGGAGCUACUAAAUGUUGCAUUGAACUAUUAUAUCAUAAACAUUCUGCUUCCACGCAUUAACGUACAUUUAAUGAAUGGGUACCCUCUGCCACUGCUGGAUAACAUCCAAAUCUCAGACAUUUUCCUACAGCCACAAGAGGUCAGUUGA